AUGGAGAGUGACAUCACUACGAUUGCAGCACACAGGGAUGGAGCAGAGACGAAGGAUGGAGCAGAGACGAAGGAUGAAGCAGAGAUGAAGGAUGAAGCAGAGAUGAAGGAUGAAGCAGAGAUGAAGGAUGGUGGCCGGUCGGCAUUAAAUUGCGCCUUGGUUGAAGUUCCCGAAGACUUUGGCUGCGAGUCGUGGAUCGUAGUCUUCUUCUAA